UCGAGUGUCACUACACAACGUCCACCAGUCUGUCGCACAACGUUCAAUUAGAAAUGUCGCUAAUAUUUGCGAAAUAGUGUGAUUAUUUUUAAUUAAACAAAAAAUUGCAAGCUUCACUGCAAUUAAGUUAAUUAUUAGAAAAUAUAAUUUUAAAUUAUUGUGCAUUGAACAAUAAAUAUAUUUACUGUGUGCUAAUUUUGAGGUUUUUACCACAAAAAGUGUGCGAAUUAUGCGUUUACUCACGGCAAUUCUUCUGGCUGUAGCUGCUUUGCUUGGCUCCAAUGUAGAGGCAUAUCGCUUCUUAGGCAUACUUCAUACCGCGGCCAGAUCGCAUUACAUUGUUGGUUCAAAAUUAAUGAAGGAGCUGGCACGCAGAGGUCACGAUGUCACUGUCAUUUCACCAUUUCCCCUGAAAGAACCGUUGAAGAAUUUUCACGAUAUUGAAACACCAACGAUCAAGGCAGCCAUGGACAAUGCUGCAUCAAACCUUUUGGACACCAUCAAAAACAGUGUUCUUGAAAAUGUGAAGAACUACCACGAAAUGGGUAUAAAUAUUUCACGCACAUUUCUUCAAGAACGCAGCGUUCAAGAGCUCAUGGCCAGUAAUCAAACCUUCGAUGCCGUUAUUUGUGAAGUUUUUCUCUCGGAAUCGAUCUUCGGUCUGAGUGAACAUUUCAAUGCACCACUAAUAGGCUUGAGCCCAUUCGGAGCACAUCCCUGGAAUACGGAUAUGGUCGGCUCACCUUCCCCACUUUCGUACGUUCCAAGCGUAUUACUGCCAUUCAACGAUAAUAUGACUCUGUUGCAACGCCUUGCAAAUUUGGGGUAUAAUACAUUCGAGCGUUUACUGCUCGAUCUGUACUAUUUACCUAAACAAGAAGCUUUGUACAAGCAAUUCUUUCCCAACAACAAGCGCGACAUGUACGAAGUGCGACGCAAUGCCGCUUUGGUGCUGCUCAACCAACACGUCUCGCUCAGCUACUCUCGACCCUAUGUACAUAAUCAGAUCGAAGUUGGAGGCAUGCAUAUCAAUCGCAAACGCUCACCAUUGCCAGCUGACUUGGAACAUUUCAUUAGCAGUGCGAAACAUGGCGUAAUCUAUUUCUCGAUGGGUUCUAAUCUACGUAGCAAAUAUUUACCCAUGGAGACACGACAGGCGAUACUCGAUACAUUCCGCGGUUUAAAGCAACGUGUUCUGUGGAAAUUUGAGGAUCCCAAAAUGGAAGGUAAACCAGAUAAUGUGUAUAUUAGUGAAUGGUUCCCGCAAGAUGAUAUAUUGGCGCAUCCCAAUGUGCUAUUCUUCAUCACACAUGGCGGUCUACUCAGUACCACCGAAUCCAUUUAUCAUGGCAAACCUUUCAUCGGCAUACCGAUUUUCGGCGACCAGUUUUUGAAUAUGAAUCGUGCUGCCUCUGGAGGUUAUGGCAUACGUUUGGAUUAUACAAACCUUACAAAGCAGAGCUUUAGUGCGGCCAUUGAACGCAUGCUAACCGAUGGAAGCUAUGCCAAGCGGGUGGCGGAUAUGUCAACGCGUUAUCGCGAUCAGCCCAUGAAUCCGCUGGAUUUAGCUGUCUACUGGGUGGAAUAUGUGGUGCGACAUAAAGGUGCUAAGCACUUGCAUUGUGCUGGGCAGGAUUUGAAUUUCAUACAAUAUCACAGUAUAGAUACCAUACUGAUCAUGUCUGGUGGGCUGGCAGUAGUGGUGCUGGUGCUGUUGUUGCUGAUACGGGUCGUGUGGGGUUGGCUGCAGUUUGCGCUUGCGCGUAAGGAUAUCAAACAAAAGAAGCAGUAAAAUUAAUUUAGUAGUAAAUAAGAGAUUUUAGCUGUUAUAGUUGCUUAGUCAAUAAAAAUGAAUGCUUUGGUAAAUUA